AUGUCUGCUGCCAGAUAUUCUGUGAGGUAAAGUGAAAUGCAAUAUUAAUUCGAUACCCUCUAUAAUACACUUUAUAUCUCAAAAUCUAAUUUUAAUCUUUAGGCCCUGUUUCUUUUUCAAGACAUUGAUCUCAAAAGAGUACUAUUUGACAAGGCCUUAGACUUGAGUUUUCAGUCAACAAAGUAUCUCAUGAGUUUUAUUUCUGUUUACUAAAAUCACAAUUAUAAAAUUGUCCAAGAGCUUGCGAUUCUGUGUCAUUUGAACUACAGAUAUUUCACAAUUUUACAUGGGAACUUAGAUCCUUACUCUUUCUAGUAAAAAUUUACCAGACAGGAAAUAUAAGAUGCUCUAGAUAAAAGUAUUGAGUACAACAAUGAUAUCUUGAGAAAUUAAUCUAUCUUCCUGAAUGAGAGGAAAACUAUCUAGAUCUUGUGGCUUAGAAUAUUAAAUCAAGUUGGAGUUUAUCUGCAAAAGGUUAAGGACCCAAAGGAUGUCAUUAUACAUUAUUAAAAUACUUAAAGACUAGCUACGAUCAUUGACUCUCAAUGCUAAGUAAAAGAAUCGAUUUAACUUAUACAAACGGCAGAGGAGGAUGUAAAAUUCAGAGAUAAAAUUGAUAAAGAGUAAUAAGCUAAUAAUUUUAGGAACAGAAUAGCUGAGGAGUCUAACGAUGAAGUAAUGAAGGAAAAGGAGGUUCUAUUCAUUACGGAUUAAAUUAAGUAGACACCAAAGAGUCUUUAUGAGUAUGCUAAAUCCCUCAUAAUUAAAAGAUAAUGGGACUAAAUUGACAUUAUAAGAGAUUGCCUAUAGUUAAUAGUCUAGGGAGACUAUGAUAAUUUUAUUGAUAAGUAAUAAUAUGAAACUGAGGCUUAUUAUAUCCUGACUUCCCUUAGUAUGUUUGAAGCUCAUAUAUAAGGUGAAACUAGUGAUAUAAAAUCACGAUUCUUAGACCCACUUAAGGAUAUUAGUGAGCUUUAUUACAUGCCAAAAGAUAGCCUUACACUUGUUUUUCUAGUUUAGAAUUUAGCCAAAUAGUCGUCCGAGAGCCAAGUUAUUUUGAAGUUUCUUAAAUAAUGGACAUCAUAUUUGAAUAAAAAUAGAUAACCCCACAAGUUUAAAGUUGUCAAAAUAUUUCUCGAGAUGAUAUUUGAUAUUAAUUUGAGGGAGAGUAUUUUGAAAGGUGAUUAUUUUGAAUAGCUGUUUGAAAUAUUUUAGGAAAGAUCGCAAGACUCAGCUUUCUUCCGCUCAAUGCUAAGCUAUUUAGAUUUUAAUGAUGAAUUGAAUUAUAAGCUAAUAGAUGGGCUAAUGGUAAUUAUAGAGACAAUGGAAAUAAAACUGAAAUACUUAGUAGAUGAGUAGAUACCUGAUAGUCUAAUCACAGAAUAAAAAAAUAUAGUCAUAAUAAACUAGUCAAAGAUUUCAUAAGCUAUUUUGGAUAAUGUAUCAAAGGCAAAAGGCAAAAAAUUCAGAAAACACUUAAUCAAGCUAUGUUCUCUGCUUUUAGAUUAGAUUAAAGCAAAAAAUACUUAACUCAAUUUAAAACUUACAAUGAAGAUCAUGAUUCUGAGAUCUUAAAUUAAGCAGUUGCUUAAAAUAAUAUCUAAUAGCAAAACGUCUAAAAUACUCUACGAUAUACUUAUUUAUGAUAAGGAAACACUGUACAUGAAUUAUCAUAUAGUAUCCUUUGCUCUUGAGAACUCAAAAAUGUUAGCUGCAAAAUAUAUUCUAUAAUAAUUCAAGAAAAAAUCUGAAGUUGAUUUGAUAAACUAUCUAAAUAGAAUGAAUAUGAACUAGAUUUCAAGAUCAAUAAAAGGUAUAUUCAAAGAUAAAUUUUACUGCUGCCUUUGUCAUAUUGCUUUUAGAAGAUCUACUGAGGAUCCUUAAUGGUAAAAAGUGGAGGAUGAAGCAAGAAAUUAGAUUGAGAAGUUAGAUAUUUGCAAUAAAAGCACUGAUUAGAUUAAACUAGAAGCUGUCUAGUAUAUGCAGCAAAUAAUUAGUGAAGAGAUUUGA